AUGGCAUAUCGACUUCCUUUUGGAAAAUUACUUCAUCAUUCAACAAGGAAUCUCUUGAUAUUGGUAUAUGGAUCACAUUUUCAAGCAUUAGAUACAAGCACAGGUGCAAUAAUAGCUAGUACAUGUACUUUAUAUUCAGAUAAUACCGAUCAAGAACCUACAACACCUCAAGUAAAAUAUAUUUCAACUAGCGAUGUGAAAGAAGGUUCCAUAAGGGCCAUUGCAUUUCACAAUAAAGUUGAUGGAUCUUUACUCGCAUCAAGUGGCGAGAAUAAGCUUUUGAAGGUCUGGGAUAUUAAAGAAUGGAAGUUACUUAGUUCAAGACCGGUUCCGAAACGCGUCGUAUCCAUUGCGUUAAAUAACGAUGGAUCACAAAUUAUAACGGCAGACAAAUUUGGAGACGUUUAUAGUUAUCCAACAAAUCCUGAGAAUACUUCAAAAUUAUUGUUAGGUCACGUAUCUAUGAUCACCGAUAUGGUGCUGACACCAAACAAUGAAUUUGUUAUCACAGCUGACCGUGACGAACAUAUACGUGUCAGUCAAUUUCCAAAAGGAUAUAAUAUCGAAUCUUAUUGUUUUGGUCAUACACAGUUACACAUAUUACCUUGGGACUCUGAUUUAUUACUUUCUGCAGGUGGCGAUGAUUUUAUUGCUUUAUGGGAUUAUGUGCCAGGGAGAUUAAUACAAACACUUGAUAUUAAAAACUUUAUACAAAAUCAGCUCAUUGAAGCAAACGAAUCAAACAUUGAUGCCACGAAUACCAUAUCUGAAUCAAAGAACAUUACAGUCAUGUCUAUUUCAAGCAGCAUUGUUAUGCAGCAUAUUGCCAUAAUCAUAGAGAAAUUUCCAGGGGUCUUAAUAUUAAAUUGGGAUGCAGAGCAACGCCAUGUUAAGUAUAUGCAAACGUUAUCACUUAAUGCAAAUCCAUUGGAUUGUGCAUAUGAUCUCCGAGGAAAUUUGUGGGUCUCAAGUUCAUCGAAGGAUGGUGGUGACAUUGAAGAAGGUUUAAUAACUCUUUUCCUAAGACAAGACAACAAUAAGUACGAAAAAGCUUCAAGGGAUCAUCAAUUGGUUUAUCAAAUAAAUAAAUUUGGAUCUAUGAAAAAUGAUGUGCUUCCAGAACUAUACACUACCAGUCAACUUCGUAAAGAUCCUACUGAUUGGAGAAAACAAAAAAACCAAAAUGAAGAUGAAGAUGUUCCAGAGGAAGCUACUCAAAUGAUGGGAAUUAAAGGUUGGAUCAUAUGA